AUGGGGCCUUCCCACUGGAACAUGGAACUUGGCUGUCACCCGACCCACUUCUCUGGGCUCAGAAUUUCACUGGGUUCAGAACCCGAUCCCGAAGCGGCCCUGGCGCUGCAGGUGGCCGAGGCCGGGCGCGCGCCUUGGGAACCUGGCUGGCCUCAGGCUGGCGGGAGCAUUCGCGGACAUCGCCCUGGGCUGGGAGGUCUGGGGGACCCUGGCCUGCCCCUUCCCCUAGCCCUGACCUCGGCCACCACGCGCGCCGCCCCCGCUGGUCCCGCCAGGCUCCGCCUGAAGGCAGAAAGCGCGGGAGGCGCCCGACCCUGCGGUAUAAAAGCGGUGCCCGCAGAGGCCCUAGUGGGAGUCCGCGGCGAGCGCAGCAGCAGGGCCGGGUCCUGCGCCUCCGGGAUCGGCGUCCAGGCUCGGAGCGCGGCACGGAAACGGCGGCAGCGCUGGACCAGGUGCCCCGAGCGGGAGUCCGCGGCGACGACAGCAGCAGCAGCAGCAGCAGCAGCAGAGUCACGUCUUGGGCCCUGGGGAUCGGCGUCCAGCAUCGGAGCGCGGCACGGAGACGAGGUGGCAGGUGAGGGCGUCCCCGCGCAGGGCCGGGGUCGGGAACGGGAAUGGCGAGCUUCAGGUCCCCCGGCUGCCACCGAAAGAUGGGACCUGAGGACAGGAGAGGUCGCUCAUCCAAGAGCCCCAGGGAAGCGGUGGUGUCUCGGCGGGGUCAGCAACGGUCUCUGGGGGGGGUCCCCUGCAGCGCGCAGCCGGUUUCCGCCUCCGCAGCUCCCCGCCAGCGCUGACGCCGCCCUCCCCGACGCCUCCUCGCUGCCCUUCUCCGGCCGCAGCUCUCCCCUGCAGCCCCUCCCUACCUGCCGGCCCUGUUUUCUCACUGCUCCUCUCUGCUCUGGGAUCCGCAGGAUGACGUCUGUCCUGGUACUUCUCUUUCAAAGUCACCAGUCUCCAGUUCCAAAUCCGAGCACUCUUACCCAUCCUAAUUCUUUCAAUAAUUCAGCGAAACGGAUGGGGUCCGUCCUUCCCCGGAGCAUUCCUCCAGGGACUAUGAAUCCGCGGAGCCAGGCUCAGCCGUCGCCUGCAGGGCCUGCGGUCUGUGGGGACCGCCAGCAAGAUGAGGAGUCACCUUCGGGACGAACCGUCGUGCUAGGGAGGGUUGUGCCGGCGGGGUCAAGGGAACCUCCUUUAGGGUGGGAAUCAAGCCUCCAGGCCGCGGUGUUUGAGGGUGAGUAGAAUUAAUCCCGUGAUGGACAUGGGGCCUUCUAAGGGGGACCAGGAGUUUGUGAAGAGGUGACUUUGGGAGGGGUUCAGGAUAGCCAGAGGUGGAGGCUGUGACCUGAGCGAGGCUGGAUCAAGGGAGGGGGCAGGUGGAGAAGAAACCGUUUUAACAAGGUGGCUUUGAGCAGAUCCUAAGGGUUCCGGGAGAUUUAGGAGGAAGGACAAGAGGAUUAAGACACGGCUUUCUGAGGAUACUGUGUGGCUGUGGCAUGGUGGUGGCUGAGGGAAGCGGGUUGUGUUCAUUGUCCAAGGCUCUCCAGUGCUUUGCGUGGCGUUUUGGGGAGCACACAUGAGGUGUCCCGACAGUGGGGAGUGGCUCUAGGGAGACCAGAGGCUCGGGAGGGGGGCCUGCGCAUUAGGCCAGGCACAGGAUCGGCAGUGGAAAGAAAUGUGGGCGAAAUGUGGGCGUAGAGUGCAGGCCUUGGGGAUGGGUGUGGGGGAGGAGGGG